AUGCCCAUUCGAGCUUACUGUACCAUUUGCUCGGAUUUCUUCGACAACUCAAGAGAUGUGGCUGCAAUUCAUUGUGGUCACACUUUUCAUUAUGCAUGCCUUCUCCAGUGGUUCCAGUCUGCCCCAAACAAAACUUGUCCACAGUGUAGAAAACAGGUCAGCACGAGACAUAUCAUCAGUAAGCUGUUCUUUGAUAUUGCAGCAGAAGAUGAGGGAUCUGCAUUGGACCCUGAAAGCUUGCAGAAUGAGGUAGACAGACUUAAGGCAGUUUUAAAUGGCAAAGAGAGAGACUGGCGGGACAAACAGAAAGUUGUUGAAUCCCUAAAAGACACAAUCGAGAAGCAGAAAGUGGACCUGGACAAACUAAGAAAGGAAAUCGGAGAAAAAGAGAUGCUUUGUUCUGCUCUUAGGAAACAGAUGAAAUACUUGGAGAGUCAGCAGAAUGAGACACAGGCGGCCAAAGAGGAGGCAAGACGCCUCAGGAUCAAGAUGAAAACCUACGAGAGUUUGGAUGUAGUGCUACAGGGCCAGAGAGCAGAGGUGGAGGCCAUGAUCACAGAUAUGGGAGUGGGCCAGUCUGCUGUGGAGCAGCUGUCCAUAUACUGCAUCUCUCUCAAAAAAGAAUAUGACACCUUGAAAGGGAAUCUCAAAUCCUCGAAUGAAAUGUGUGAGAAGCUGAAAAGGGAAGUGCUCUCCUCCAAUAAUAAGUUACAGAAAGUCACGCUAGAGAUGAACAAGACCAAAGAGGAUAUGAAGGCGGUCCAGAACGACUUGACAAAUGCAGACAAAGAGAUCAUGAGCCUUAAGAAGAAAGUGGAAAUCCUUCAGAAGACCCUGAGUACCCCAACACGGACCAAUGAGGCCAUCAGCAGGCUGAUCUUUGAGAGCCCUGCUCCUAUGGAGCUGAAGCCUCCCCGUCUUCACCCGCCUACCGACAGUCAGGACAUUGAUCUCAAUAUAACGUUUGACGUCAGUACGCCGGACCACGUGGAGAAGAAAACAGCCCUCGUCCCGAAUAAGAAGAUGCGUCUGGACCCCUCAGUAGCAACAACAAAAAACUCUGAAAAUGCGUUUGGAAACAAGAACUCCCAUGUCAAAGAGGAGGAUGUCUCUCUGGAACCACUGUUCCGGAACUCUCUGCUCUUUAGGAAGAAGACUUUUGGAAGCAUGUUAGAUCCUCAGAGCAGCAGACCUGGAGCUGUAAGAACUGGCUACGAUGGACUGGGAGGAAGGACCAAAUUUUUCCAGCCUUCUCCACUGUCUGAGAUUCGGCCGUUGGUGGUGAAGGCAAAGAGAAAGAAGGUAUCGCGGCCCGCGGGGGGAAAGUUUCCCACCAGUCUGCCCACACUAGAUGCUUUCCUGGAAUGA